AUGAAGAGCCAACAUGUCAUCUCAGCUGCCCUGAUUACAGCCUUCUGCCUUGCCAGUGAGACUGUUUUCAGUGUCAACGACGAUGUCUUCGCAUAUCCCCAAUACGAUGUCGAAUUCUUAGAUUCCUACAUUCUACAAGACGACGCAGAGGCUCUCUUAAGAGCUAAGACUGUCGAAGCUGACACACCCAAAUCCUCAAGCGAUGUCUCCCAGAUCACUACCCCAGAUAGCCCUCAAGGACCUGGUGACAGGAGUGCAGAAACACCAGGGACCUGGGAGCGCAUGAUUCUUCAUGGCUCGCCAUAUCUCUGCUUGCUCCCGGAAGUCAAACCAGCGGGUACCAAUGGGACUCCAGGCGAACCCUCUGCAAUCGAUCGUGAGAAGGAACUAGAACAGGCCAUUAGUCGAGGCUCAGAACUACUACAGGGAAUGUCAUCAAACCAAUGCCUCUAUUAUUCUACGUCAUGGUGGACAUAUUCCUUCUGCUACAAUUCACAAGUCACACAAUUUCAUGCGCUACCGCCUGGUACAAAUGGAAGAGUAUGGCCACCGCAGGAGGAUCCGCAGACACCAAGCUACGUUCUAGGAAAAUUCAAGCCAGUACAGGCUGGAGACCAGUCGGGUCAGGCAGAGGGUAGCCAUGCACUGUCCACCGAGGUUCAAACCAAGGCGGAGACCAAUUAUCUGGUGCAGCGUCUCGAUGGAGGGACGGCUUGUGACCUGACAGGGAAUCCUCGCAAGGUCGAGGUGCAGUUCCAUUGCAAUCCCCAACUCACCGAUCGCAUCGGAUGGAUCAAGGAAACUGCCACCUGUGCUUAUCUCAUGAUUAUCUAUACACCACGCCUUUGCAACGAUGUGGCAUUUCAACCUCCAAAAGAAAGCCGAGCACAUUCAAUUUCAUGUCAAGAGAUCAUCACAGAAUCUGACGUCGACGCGUGGGAGGAACAAUAUGAGGCAUCGGCGGCUCCACAGAUCCUGGAGCAGACCGCACCUCAGAAGAUCUUUCUCGGAUCAAUCGAAGUCGGUGGCAUGAAAUACGUUGGCAGUGAAGGCAAGAAGUUAGAAAGAGGACGAAUUGUGCUCACUCAAGAUGAGAGGGCAGAAACGGUCCUGAUGCAGAAGGAUGGACAGAUUUCAGGUCUGUCGAAAUCCGAGCUGAAGAAGAUGAAGAUAGAUCCGGAUGAUGUCGAGUCAUUUCGCAAGGAAUUGCAGAAGAUGGCUGGUACCAAGGAUUGGAAAAUAGAACGACUGGAUGAUGUCAAUGGCCGUACACAACUUCGAGGAGUUGUUUCUGCGGAUAACGAUGAAGUAGAGGAAGUGGUGAAGCAGCCCACAGAGGACCAUGAUGCACUGGCAGACGAAGAAGAUGUUGGUGGAAGUCGAGAGGAGUACAAGGGCGAAAUCUGA